AUGCUCUUCCGAGUCUUCUGGCCCAGCCCAGGCGAUCAGACUGGAGUGUUGGUUGGAUGGUGGCUCACAGAAGAGGGCUAUGUAGUGAAGGAUGCUGGAGAGGCGGAGGUUCGGGCAGCCUUCGUGGCUUGCAUCCGGCCCUCCCUCUCUGAAGCCGAGUCUCAGCUUGGCAUGCCCAAGGUUUUGGGACAUCCUGAGAUGUCCUGCCUCGCGAUUCUCGGAGAUUCCCAGGCUGGAGCGGAAGCCGAGCAACUUAGGACCCAGAGGCCCUGGAUCCGCAAUCGUUGCGAUAAGAAUCGGAGCCUGCGUCUUUCUGUGUCUGGGGCAAAGAUCCCCGCGCCAACCUCGGUCCAAAUCGUCGUGUAUCAUCUUCCCGCGCGACGAGGAGUCUUGACUGAAGCAGUCCUCGGCGUGCGCCCGAAGUGGCUGGACGCCGGAGGAGCUUCCUCUUCUGUGCCAACCCAGCUCGAAGCUGUACUGCCUUUGCUCGAUCUCGCGCCUGAAGUCUCAGAAACCACCGGAGCCUUUCAGUCUCUCUCGGCGGAGCGGCCCGGCGCUGGCAUGAUCCGCUGGGUGCUAUCCUGUGCGAGCAGCGCUUGUGCCGUUUGCAGCAGCUUCAGCGGACUUCUUCUUGGCUGCUUCAGCUGGCGAUUGGACCGGAGUGCUGUGAUUAGCCAGCUUCAGAUUCGGCUGCACCUGCAGUCGCAAUGGCUGGCUUGCCAAAUCUGUUCGUCGUCCGAGGGAGCCCGGGACCCUGGCCCCCGUGCACGUCUUGCGCUGGCUGCCUUGGUCUUCUCCUCCUUGGCCGAUGCCCUUCUGGGUGCCUUGGUCGUCAGCGCCUUCUCAUGGCUCGGUGGCACGUGCGACAUCUGCGACAUGCUGACGCCGGCAAGGCUUCAUCGGUGGGCCUACGAGGUCAAGCUCGUGAACCUCGUGACCUGGCUCAUGGGUGCGCCUGCAGAUUUCAAGCUGAACCGACAGCUGACCUCCUUCGCGGGACACCUCUUCCUCUCCAUGUUCUCUUUGUGGGGCCGCUGGGUAUUACAGCUGCUGCUGGCCGCUUCUGGUGCUGUCCGGAUGCUGUGGGCGCUCCACUACGUCCGGUCUUUCGACUCUGUUUUGAUUAUUUUGGGGUUCUCUCUGGGCUUGUCAGGCCUGGUGGCUUGUGUCAUGGAUUUGAUCGCCAUAUUUUCGCUACCCCUCUUCGUGGCCUACCUGGGAACCUGCUUGUGCUGGAAGAUGGCCACAAGGUCGCUCUACACGUUGAGCUUGCUGUUCCAGGGUUGGAAGCACAAUAUCCUUCGAUCUCGGAUUGACCACCACAACUUCGACGUGGAUCAGUUGCUCAUCGGAGUCAUCCUGCUGUCAAUUGUGGUGUUCCUCUUGCCUUCGCUGUUCAUGUUCUACAGCUGCUUUACAUGCUCAUGGCUCUUGGUGCUGGUGGCCCACUACGCCCUCGGCCUGCUGGUAUCCCUCUCUAACCAUCAGCCGUCUUGCCUCGUCGCCCUGGAACCCAGGGCUCGGCGCCUCAUGCUCCAGGUGCUCGAGGUGAGUCCUUCGCAGAGCACGCUGUCCCUGAGCCUGCUACCGCCGGUGGGUGCCGAAGGCCCAGCGGCUGGCCUUUCGAAAACUCUCAAGGGGGCCUUUCUGCUGAGCCCCAUCACCCUCAAGACCUGGCUGAGCUCGCUGCUUUUCGGCGAACCUCUGCCUCUCUGCCGCCUCCAGCGCCCGAGUCCGCUCUCUGAGUCGGAGCCGGCACGACUCGCAGAGGUGCUGAGACUCAUCUGGAAAAGGCAGCGCAUCUCUCGGGAGCAUUCAGGGAGGCGUUCGAGUCGCCUAGAGCCGAGGGAGUGUGCUUAG